CAAACUGGUUUCAAAAACGUGCAGCGACUCCACCCGCGGCUCAUCGAGAGAAAGGAAUCGAGCGCACAUUUUCCUGAGCACUAAGCGGUGACAGCUCAGCUAGCCUGCUAACAGGUAAAUAAAAUAGGGUUAGUAAUGGCGGAGAACAGCGGUAGCAUUAACGUUAAUGCGGCCAACCUUCCUCCAGGAGAUCCGCAGCUCAUCGCUAUGAUUGUGGAGCAUCUGAAGAACCGGGGGCUUUUUGAUGAAUUUCGUCGGGACUGUUUAGCCGAUGUCGACACGAAGCCCGCAUAUCAGAACCUGCGGCAAAAAGUUGACAACUUUGUGUCGUCGCACCUGAGCACGCAGGACUGGAAUCCAUCCAUCAACAAGAACCAGAUGAGGAACGGACUCAGACAAAGCGUUGUUCAGUCAGGUAUGCUUGAGUCUGGCGUAGACAGGAUUAUAACUCAAGUCGUGGACCCCAAGAUGAACCACACAUUCAGGCCUCAAAUCGAGACCGCCAUUCAUGAAUUCCUCUCCUUGGACAGGAAGGAGGACAACACCUCAAGUCUGAACCCUGUGCCUUCUGAGCUGACAGAAACACAGGAGCCCCCUGGUGUCUCUGGCCCCAAAACCCCCAAGAUGACGGUGAAUGUGUCCGCUGUGAUGUUCCUACUGCUGGGCUGUGAUCAGCUGCUGGCCAUGGAGCUGCAUGCUCAUAUCUUGGAGAAACCAGGCAGCCAAGUCAAAAAGCGCCUCUCCCUGCAAAGCACGGCCGAAAUACAGAGCUGCCUGGUGAGUUCAGGGGAUGUCGGCUGUGGGAUGUUUCAGUGUUUCAGCAAUAACUCCUGUGAGAUCCAGGGCCUUCAUCACAUAUGCCUCACUCUGCUGCACAAUGCUGGACGCUACGACUCCCAGGGUAAAUCAUAUGUGAAGGACGCACUUCGUUGCAUGGCGAUGGGGCUGCGGCAGCGUUUCAGCUGCGUGAGCCGGCGGUGCUCUGCGGUGAAAGAGAUGGUGUUCUCACUCCAGAGAGAGUGCUACUCCAAACACAAUCUCUGCCUUGCUGUUCAGGAUCACCUGGACACCAUGGGGAACCUGGUCCAGUUCCAACUCAUGUUUCCUGCAGGGCCGUUCGUUGAACUGAUGAACUUCCUUUUAAAGUGUGGAGACGAGAUCAGGACCUGGGUCGGGCGGCGACUGCGAGGGCAGUGUGAGCAACACUGGGGGGCGCUCUGCAGCACCUUCACAAACAAUUGCCCCCUCAGUCAAUUGGAUGUUCUAGGACAUCCUACCAGUCCACCACCCUCCAUCCCUGGACCUGUCACCCCCGUGGACCCCCUGCAGCAGCCUACCAGAGAGGUCAAACUAGAGGACAUGACCCCUGCUAGGCUAACAGACAAUACUACCAAAUUUGAUCUCUCACUGUCCUGAACUUUCUGAUAACAAAUGAGUUACACAAGUGCACACAGGGUACACAAACAUUAAGCACUUAUAUUACCAGUGGAAUAAGUAAAACAUGUAGUUUUAGAAGAGUUUUCUGUGUAGUGUUGCCAGUUAAAGCAAUGCAGCAAUAUUUAUUCAGUGUGUGGUGUUUGUCUAUGUAGAUUUAUAUUUUCUCAGAACAUACAGGAGGAAAGCCAUUAAUCUACCUCACAUCAGUAUUACAUUUCAUCAGAAUGGCACGUCAGCAUGUUUGCUUUUAGCUCAUGUGGUGAUGGCUUUAAGAAAGAAUUCAACAUUUUUAAGUCUGUUUUGGUGUUUGAGAAUUGACAUAUUGUGCAUCAUGCAUACAGUUACAGGAUAAGCUUAAUAAAUCAGGCUAAAGUAAUGUAUGUUUUUCUCAUGUAUUGCUUUACAUCCAUGUGAAACCUCUCAAGCCGUGCACGCUCUGAUUUUUUGCAACUUUUGCUCAGACCGUUUGCUUGAUUUCUGCAAUAGAUUCACAAAGCAGAUGGCUCUAAAUACAUGUAGAUGCAAUGAUGCCCAGAAAGUCCAGCAGACUGGAGCAAAUUGCACCUAUUUCUGUGUCAGUUCGAAGUGGUGUUGCAGAAGUGUUUAGAGAUACAAAAUAAUGUUUUACUUAUUUUAAUAACCUGAGAACCCAGAAUUUUAAAAAGAGCAUCUGACUGAAGCACCUAUGUCCAGUUGGUGUGAAAGUAAUGUUGCAUUUUGUAAAAAUCCCAAAUUCCAAUCACAAACUUUGGAUUCUUCAUUUUAAAAAACAACCGAAUUUCAAACACGAUUUUAAUAGUUAAUUUUAUUGAAAUAUUUUUUGCCAAAAUAUCAGGCAGACUCCACUGGAAUUGAAUGAAAUCUACCUCCUGUGAAAUCCCUAAGCUGCAUUUAGCAAAGCCAGCAGGGUAGCAGGUCAUUUUUUUCUGUCAACAUUUUCUUCAAUUGCUCCGAAAUUCUCAUCAGCUUUCAGCACAUGGUAUUUUUUUCAGUGGAAUGCUAACAGUUCUGGUUUUUGAGAAUUCCACAGUAUUUGCUUUGACUGUAAUUUACAUAAAUAUUAAUAAAUACGGGCAGACUUUCACCUAAAUUCAUGCAUAAUGUCUCAUUUAUUUGUGAGAAAAUUAAGACAUUACUGAAACUACAAAUUAAUAUCCUUAAUUAAGUUUGUUUAUUUUGGGAAAUAAGACAUGAAUCUCCCAAUGGAUAAUGAAACAAUGUACACAGAGCAUCAUUUUUUUAUAUGUAUAUUUAUUUUUUCCUCUAUAUCAUGUCAAGACUGAUUUUGACCCUUUUAAAUAAAUCACUAAAAAAAACCUUA